AUAAGUUGAAGGUCACAGUGUGCUCAAAGAAAGUCCAGCUUAAUCAUAAUUGAUCUCUGUGGGGCUAGUGAACUAUCUGGUCUCAGUUUCGAUUCCGUGACUAUCCUGCCCCUAAGGUUUUGUUAUUUCUGGCUUUUGCCAAUUAGUCUCUUUGUUAAAUAUAAGUGUAUUGCUUGUGGUAUAUGCAGCUACGACCUAUACUGGUCUUCUACUGGAUGACAUUAAAACACUGGCCUUGACAACGUCCACCCGCUUACUAGUGUUAAAAUUUGGCAUAAGGAAUUAGGAUCUGGGUUCACAAUUGGACGUUAGAGAUAGAAAUCGGGACUAAGCCUUUUUGUCGAGACUAUCAAUUAUUGACGAACCAAUCAAACAAAGGAUACCAGAUCUUGAAUUUUCGCGCGAAAUCAAUUCAAUCACUUAGUCUAACAGCUUUUUGGAAUUUUAGUUUGUGAUGCAAAUCCUAGGUCUAGUUUCUAACCCUCAACUGUGAAUCACGAUUCGAAUUCUUCACGCUGCUUUAUAACAAUUUAGUUCUAGUUAGUAGGUGGACAUUCUCAGCGUCACUCUAGCUUCGCUCAAAUGUCGUUCAAAAAUACAGUCAUACACUGACAGCUAUGGUGUCGAAAUGGUAUUAGCCUUAUUGAUGAAUGAGUUCCACCCUAAAACUCGAGGAUCUCUAUCCCUUGACUUAUCUGUUCGUCCUUAAUUUAUAGUCUGUUUAUGUAUUGUACUCUGCAUCCUACUUUAGUACACAGAGUACCUUUUGGCAAGAUAUGGACCUGUACAGUCUUUUAUGGCCUGCCUUGAUAAUCAUUAUAGAUAUUUUAUGUUGUGCUAUUCAUAAAAAUUAUAUCUUCAAAAUAUGGAUGCAUAGUUCCUUAUCCACACUAUUGUAAAAUAUAUACGUUGUCGCUGCACUAAUCGAAGGGGUGAACAGUGAGCCUACUUUUAUUUCAAAUUAUGUCUCCGUUUUACAUACUCUUCUGUCGGCUUUUGAAAUUAUAUCUACUCGUCAGAAUACCGAUAAGGAAUCUCGUUAGAUCAUGUCAUCGUGUGGAUUGGAAGAAGUGUAUGGACUUUGCUAUGGCAAAGUAUAUUUUACACCGUUGUUAAGUUGUGUAGUUUUGAUUGCACUCUCCUUCAUAGUAAAAAGCACUUUCAUAUACAAUAUUAAGAAGUAAAUGUAUCGUGGUUAUUAUCUUCACUUGAUAAACAUUAUGAUACAAAACAAUCACAGGAGUAAUUGCUACAGUUGGCUGGUAAUAUUCCUAAAAAUUAUCACCUCUGUUUUCCAAUAAAGAAUGCUUUCCUUUGUUUUCAGUUUGGUUGGAAAGAGACCCGAGCCUGCAAAAUUGGAUUCUGAGGCAUUUUUCGAGUGCUCUUUUACCAAUAAUUGAGGAAAAUAGUUUAAAAUGUUCAGGGUUACUUCUCACGGUGCGCACCUUCAGUAUACAAUUGUCCACGUAUUCCGUAAAUACAGCUUGUCCAUGGAUGAGGUGUACACGAAAUCGCUCUUAAACAUGUUGAGCCAAAAAAGUUUGAAAUUACCACCGUCUUCUGAAGCACACACUCUGGAAAGCACAAAUAACUUAACCGAAGGUCUACCAGAUACUAAAGAUUUUAGCGUACGUAAAACUCGUCAGUUUCCUAAGUGUAAUCAGGAAAAACAUUUUGAGAAACCAUUAUGUGAGUUAACGCUUCAUCACACCAAUUGUGAUACUUUGAAGACUCCACUUCGAACGUCCAAUAAUUUGCUUCGUAAAUUUCUAGAAACCCAGAAAUCCAUCCAAUCUUUGCCGGGCAACAAUAAAUUGCCACAUAAACAGAUAAAAGCCUACUUAAAUCCCAACCAAACACCAAAAGAGAGCAUAAAUAUAUUAUCCCAAUGGUUUAAGGAGUUAGAGUUAGACGAACUGGUUCAUGUGCCGCUAUCUUCUGCCAAUCUUGCCGCCUACAUCCCAAGUUCUUUUACCCUGUCACAACUUGUGAAACUAGGUGUUAAUUUGUCCAAAGUUGAAGCUGUUCCAGGUGUUGCAAAUAUGUUGAUGAAGCUUGAUUUUCAUAAUGAUGUUGAACCUAUACUAUGGCGACUUUCAGACUUUGGAUUCCAACCUAAACAAAUCGCUCGGAUUAUUACGGCGUUCCCAAAAUUACUUAAACUAACACUGUGCGAAAUCAGUGCACGAUUAACUUAUUUUACAGAUCGGAAAGUUUCGUCUACAGAUGUUGUAACAAUGAUAUGUCGAAUUCCUAAUAUACUCAAAAAAUCGCCCAUCGAAAUAGAUAAAAAUCUUGGUCAAAUAAAGUCACUCAUCCAGUUAGAAAAUUCAGAGAUUGUUAAAGUAAUCACGACGGAACCUAAAAUCAUUAUACACCCAUUACCAAAAAUUAAGGAUGUUUUUGUUGUACUGUCAAAAAUGAUGGGAUUUUCACAGUCAGUUAUACAUGAAUUAAUUCUUACUAGCCCGAAGUUAUUGAUAACAGAACGUCAACAUCUGUCAGACAACUUCAAAAUUAUGCACUGGCAUCUUAAUCUUCCAGUUGAUCUCAUACAAAUAUGGCCAGAAGCUUUAUCUGCUGCACCACAUUUACUACAUCAACGAUGCACAUUUCUCGUGCGUCGAAAGUUGUUUCAGCCAGAUCCAACCAAACCCCUAUAUACACCUCUCAGUUCUAUAGUUUUACAAGACGACGAUGAGUUUUGUCAAAAAUACGGAUUUACCACAGAAGAGGAUUACGACAAUUUUCUGCGAACUCUGUGAAAUCAGUUUUCGUUUUGUACAUAAAUGGAAGUGUAAAUAAUUAUUGAUAUUAAAUUUG